AUGGCACCGUACUCAAAGCCUGAGGCGGUCCUCAAGCAGGCCGAGGGCCUCGUAUCAGUUGGACAGACGCAUGCGGCCCUCCAGUCGCUCACUGAGAUGUUUUCCUCAAAACGAUUCCGGUCGACGCCGCUUGUGUCGCUCGAGCCCAUCAUGCUGCGCUUUAUCGAACUUUGCGUCGACAUGCGCAAGGGGCGCACAGCGAAGGAGGGACUUAUGCAGUAUAAGAACAUCGCUCAAAACUCCAGCGUUGGAUCGAUCGAAGUCGUGAUCAGCCGAUUUAUCCAGCUCGCGGACGCAAAAGUGCAGGAGGCGCAAGAGAAGGCCGACAAGGCGGUUGCAUUAGAUGUGGACGAUCUAGAGGCGAGCGAGACGCCAGAGAGCAUUCUGCUUGGUGCGGUGAGCGGCGAUCAAAACAAAGACAGGACCGACAGAGCCCUCGUCACCCCCUGGCUGAAGUUCCUAUGGGAGAGCUACCGCACGGCGCUCGAGACGCUCAAAAAUAAUGCUCGACUGGAAGUGAUCUAUCAGCAAAUCGCUCAGCAAGCCUUCCGUUUCUGCUUGAAGCACCAGCGUAAGGUGGAAUUCCGCAGGCUUUGUGAGACACUCCGCCUGCACCUCGGCAAUGUCGCAAAGUAUUCGCACCAGCCGCAUUCCAUCAAUUUGUCGGAUCCCGACACGCUACAGCACCAUCUCGACACACGCUUUGCACAGCUCAACACUUCCGUUGAGCUCGAGCUUUGGCAGGAGGCAUUCCGCUCCGUCGAGGACGUGCACAACCUCCUUACGAUGGCGAAGAAGGCGCCACGCCCCGCCAUGAUGGCAAAUUACUAUGAGAAGCUCACGAAGAUUUUCCUCAUGAGCGGAAAUGCGCUGUACCAUGCCGCGGCGUGGGGGCGGUACUACGCUAUCGUGACUGCGAUUGGCGGUAAGUCGGAAGAAGAGCUCAGCCGCUUGGCCGGGCAGGUACUCGUCAGUGCUCUUGCUGUUCCUGUUGGGCUGCAGGGCGAGGAGAGUGCCGUCGACGAGCACAAGGGCAAGAGCUCGCGCCUGUCCGCUCUUCUCGGUCUCACGAAGACGCCCACGCGUGCGGGCCUCCUCAAGGAUGCUCUGGCACGGAAUGUGCUCAAGCUUUCUCCAGAGAGCACCAAGUCUCUGUACAACAUUCUUGAGGUCACCUUCGACCCGCUCACGCUUUGCUCCUCCGUCGCUCCCCUCCUGACGAAUCUUGCUGCUGAUGCUGCCUACGCAUCGUACAUUCCGCUUCUCCAGCGCGCUCUGCUCUCGAGGCUGCUUUCCCAGCUGGCGCAGGUUUAUUCGACCAUCAAGCUCUCCAACCUAUUUGAGCUGGUCGCACCGAUUCAGAACCUUGACAUUGAGGGCGCCGCUUCUUACGACGCGGAGCAGGUCGAGGCGUACAUCAUGGGUUGUGCGCGCCGCGGAGAGCUCGCUGUCCGUGUCGACCACGCGGUAGGGAGUAUGACAUUUGUAGAUAACCCCUUCACGGCGGUCGAAGACCCGAGCUCAUCCACGUCAAUUGCGAGUGCUGGCGCCGUGCAGCCGUCGACGUCUGACUUCGUCCGCACCCGUCUCAGUAGGCUCGGAGAAUGCCUCCAUAACUCCCUCGUCGCGCUCACCCCUCCUGCUCCGCCCAGUGAGGAAGAGCAGCAGGCGAAGUUCGUUGCGCUCGUGUCUGCUGCACAGGCGGAGCGCAAGGCGCUCCAGCUGCGUCGGGCGUUGGUCGCUCGUAGGCGGGAGCUCUUGUCCGAGCUCUCUGUAAGGAAGGAGAAGGAGGAAGCUAGCCGUAGGGCUGAGCUUACACGCCGCGAGAAGGAGGAGGAGGCCCGGCGUGUGACGGAGGAGGCGCGCAAGAAGGAGCAGGAUAGGGCCAGGCGGGAGAUCGAGAUCAUCCGUAAUGAGGAGGCAAGGAAGCUCGCGCAGAGCUUGAAAGAGAAAGGAACUCUCAAGGUUGACCUUAACGACAUGGAGACCCUCAGCACCGACAACCUCAUGCGUAUGCAAGUUCAGCAGCUCGAGAAGGAGAAGAGAGAUCUCAACGAACGCAUGCGUGUCAUUGCGAAGCGUCUUGAUCACGCUGAGCGGGCGUAUCGCAAAGACGAGCGUCCUCUUCUUGCCAAGGAUUAUGACAUCCAGCAGGAGAACGACAAGAUAGCCUUUGAGGCUGCUCAGAAGUCCCGCCUAGAGUCCCACAGACUGGCCCACCAGCAUGAUAUGGAGACAAAGAAACGUCUCUCGCGCACGAUGUCUGACUACGCUCUCAAGAGGGAGGAGAUAGUGGGCAAGCGGAGCGAGGAGUUCGCCAAGCGCCAGGCCCAAGCGCAGAAGAAGAUCGAUGAAGAGAAAGCGAAGAGAAAGGCUAGCAUUCUCAAAGCCCGCGAGGAAGAAAGACUGCGCAUCGAAGAGGAGGAACGGAUUAUCAGGGAGAAAGAGGAGGAGGAACGCAGAGCGGAGGCUGAACGCAUUGCGGAGGAGGAGCGCUUGGCUGCGGAAGAAGCCGAGCAAAUUGCGCAGGAGAAGGCAAAGAAACAGACGGAAGAGGAUGCGCGGGCGGAAGUGCGUCGCAAGCGCGAGGAGGAACGUUUGGCAGCAGCAGAGCAAGCUCGUCUGCAGCAACAGCGAGAAGAAGAGGCUAGCGCCAGGGCUGCUGCUCGUGCUGCCGAGAAGAACCGCGCGCCCACAGCACCCCCUGUGCGGGCAUCCGUCAGCGGUGAUAGUGUUUGGCGAAGGUCAACUCCUGCAGCAAGCACCCCUGCUGCACCUUCUCCACGUCAGGCUGCGGCAACUCUUCCGAGAUCAGAGUCUCCCGUCCCCAAGUUCCGACCCGGUGCCGUGCAAAGUAGUUGGCGCGAGCGGGAGACUGCCAAGAAGGCUGCAGAAGCUGGUCAAACCGUUCGCCCUUCGUCACCUGUGCCGCGUGCUCUCCCCAAGGAAGAAGCGUCCAAGAACGACGAUGGAUUCCAGCCAGUCGAAAAGAAGGUAUGGCGACCCUCGAGAGGACGUGGCAAGGCUAUUUAGAGUUAUAACUUGCCGUAUUAUGUCCCUUGGCUGAUUGAAACAUUAUGCAUUCCCUUUGAACUGAAAGUAUGAUAAGUUAUGGCUAAGUGCUACUAUACAAUGCUAUGAUACCGCGACAUAAGAUCAAUAGUCCGGAAUGCAGUAGUGUGC